AUGCAUAUGGGCAGGGUGUCUCCUUCACCCCCCUGCUUUUCCCCCACACCCUUCAGUGUCACCCAUCAUUUUGUGGCCCUGGAAAAACUAUUUGGCUUGUGUGAACCUGUUGUCACUGGUGGAGGAGACAAGAUUGACUGGGCCUGCUUUUACACUGACGAUGACACCUACAAAUUAUGGGCACAGAUCCACAAUGGGAUGGACAAUGCAAAUAAGAACUUGUAUGAGGAUUUCAAGACCAAAAUACUGAAGUACUAUCCUGGUGCAGUGAAUAACAAACACUGGUAUGCAACUUGGGACCUUGACAACCUUGUUCACAAAUGGCAAUGUUGCAUUAAGACCAAGGGUGAAUUCACUGAAUUCUACCAGGACUUCUACUCCAUUUCCACAUGGCUCAUCAAGCACAACUGGAUUUCUGUCCUCAACCAGCAAAAGGCCCUCCUCUGUGUACUCAAAUUCCUGCCCACUGAAAGCUGCAUUUGGGACAAGAUGCUGAACAGGCUUGAACAGAAAUACAACAGGGCUGUGGACAAACCAUGGACAAUGGCUGAAUUAAAGGAGACAGUGGAAUGGGCACUGGGCAAUACUAUGACAAAGGUUUGA